AUGAUGGAUGCAUCUGCGCGUUUUCCGGACGUGGAUCAUCACGGCGCUGUGCGCGCCAUUGUCGCUUGGCCUGUGGAGACCGUUGAUCAUUCAUUAGAGUUGGCUGCCUGGUCUUGGGCACGGGUGUUGAGCUCCAUCACAACGGACCAAUCUCCAGUCUUUUUACUGAAUGGAUCUCUAAUCAAAGUAGAUUUAUUCGCUGAAGCCAUCCGGCCGGUGAACUUAGACGCAUUAUCGAAUCUAUCUGAACUUUCUACAAAGCUCACCGCGGUGGUCGUUGGCAACGAUCCAUCAACCCUUCGUUCUUCUGUUCAGCUUUCUCCCUCGUUAACGUGGUUCGUGGACCCGACUACUCAAACGAGCACGGUGCAUUCUACAAAUAUGGAUGUUGCAGCCGUGAAUCAGUUGGGCACUCGGCUCUCCCAUAUUGUGCAAGAGCAGGUCAAGUCAGGCACACAGGUAGAACUGUCUGUUUCGGAACUGCCUCCCAUGUCUAUCGUCAACCCAUCUCCCUGCACACUACCCGGCCCACAGCUACUCCAUAAACUAGCCCUGGGUGGUUCGGAUGAUUCAAGUUCCGCCAAUCAUGCUAUCGAAUUCCUGACCGCAGAUGGAAACAUUCGCUACCUGUCAUACCAUGCUCUGGAUCGGCUGUCUUCAAAGCUGGCCGUCGAAAUUGCCCAUGCUGCAGCUUCCCGAUCCGAUGGAUCGCGCCGAAUGGUAGUUCCCGUGCUCUUACCGCAAUCCCUGGAGCUGUACAUUUCUUGGCUGGCCAUCCUCAAGGCAGGCGGUGCCUUUUGCCCGUUGAACACUGAUGCGCCACCAGAACGGAUAGAAUUCAUUCUGCAGGACGUAGCAGCAUCGGUGGUGGUCACAAACGGUGCGCUGGUCGCCCGAGUGCCCCAAACUGCAUCGGUGGCGGUGUUGAAUACGGAUAGGAUUGAAGCUGAUAAGACCAAUCUCGCACCACCAGUCGUCGAGGUGUCACCGUCAGAUCUGGCGUACGUCAUGUACACAUCUGGCUCAACUGGGCGCCCCAAAGGCGUUGGAAUUUCCCAUCUAGCUGCCACUCAAUCUUUGCUGGCCCAUAAUGACUUGAUACCCUCAUUCAAUCGAUUCUUACAAUUUGCAUCCCCCACAUUUGAUGUCUCUGUGUUCGAAGUGUUUUUUCCCUUCAUGCGAGGCGUGACCCUCAUCGGUUCGGAGAGAGAAAACAUGCUUCUCGACAUCUCCCAUGUGAUGACGGUGAUGCAGGUCGAUGCCGCUGAGCUGACUCCCACCGUAGCGGGAGAGCUGCUGCGCACCCGCUCCGCUGCACCCUCCCUAAAAGUUCUGCUCACGAUUGGUGAAAUGCUCACUAAGCAUGUGGUGGAAGAGUUUGGGCAGUCAGAAUCUUCGGACGGAAUUCUGCAUGGGAUGUACGGUCCAACUGAAGCUGCAAUCCACUGUACCGCAGCGACAAGAUUCCAGUCCAAUGCGCGAGUGAACCUGAUUGGUAAACCUUUCAAAACCGUGUCUGCUUUGAUUACGUCCUUGGAAUCCGAAGACAAGUCCACCCCAGAGGAGCUACGAAUUCUCCCAAUGGGCGAAAUUGGUGAGCUUGUUGUGGGCGGCCCGCAACUGGCAGACGGAUACAUUAAUCGACCCGAAGAAAACGCCAAGGCAUUUAUUGACAGUCCGUGGUAUGGUAGGCUCUAUCGUACGGGUGAUAAAGCUCGAAUGUUGCCCUCGGGUGAGAUUGAGUGCUUUGGUCGCAUCUCUAGCGGCCAGGUCAAGCUACGUGGUCAGCGAAUCGAGCUAGGCGAGAUUGAACAUGUCAUCCUCAGAGCUCCUGAGGUAAGAAGUGCUGUAGCUAUCGUGGGUGGCGGCAGCUUGGCCGCAUUUGUUCUGGUCAAUGACAAAGGCCUCACCGAUCACAAACUCCGCGACAUCUGUCGCCAGCAGCUACCUCGCUUUAUGGUGCCGGGCGAGUUUAUCCUGGUUGAUCAAUUCCCCCAGCUACCGUCGGGCAAGAUUGAUCGUAAGGCACUGGAGGCCGAUUUCGCUCGACACCGCACUGCUGUCCAGUCUAUUGAUCAAGGGCCCUUUCGAAACGAGCUCGAGGAGACUAUUGCAUCAUGUGUUAGCGAUGUUCUUGGCAGACAAUUUCCGCCGACUGAAAGUCUGGUAGCAGGCGGCCUUGACUCGCUAGCAGCGAUUCGAUUGGCGUCACAUCUCCUGGGUGCGGGUAUCCGCCUCGAUGUGACCCAUUUGCUGGAUGUGGAUUGCAUCGAUGGGAUCUGGCAGCUUGCUCAAGAAAUUGAAACUACAAAACCAACCGAAGAUACGCAGAACGGUCUUUUCAGGAUUCGUGAAUUAGUUGCGAGUGCCGGAGCAGCCAGGUUAGAAUCUCUAGGGUUAGGUUCACAGGCGAUCGACAUUCAACCGAGCACCCAUAUUCAGCAGGCAAUGAUACUGGAAACGGUUCGACAUGCCAAAGCGUACUGCAACUGGGUUGAAUUGGAAUUUCAACCCGCAGCCAAAUUGACCUCUGUUCAAAAUGCAUUCGUCCAGUUGCUGGAGCAAAAUCCACUCUUGAGGUCUGGGUUUGUAGAAAUCGGUCUAAAGGACCACUCAUUUGCCCGCUUCACUUGGAAAACUUUUGCUGAACAGCUCAUUCAAAAGCGGGAUGUCUUCGAGUACGACCUCUCCUUGGUUACAGAACAUGAUAUUCUCCAUCCCCUUCGGCUUCAGUUCAAAGAAACCCAGGACAGCCUUCGGGUCCUAAUUCAUAUUCAUCAUGCACUGUACGAUGGAUGGUCCUGGCAAUUAAUGUUGAAUGAUCUCCGUCGUAUUUUACUCGGAGAGGAAAUCCCUUCUCGGCCUGCGUACGAUCUGGUGUCAGAUUAUUUCAUUGAGCACAAACUCAGCGAGAAAGCCAACGAAUCCUCUCUCUUCUGGCGGGAUCAGUUACAAGGGCUCUCUGCUAUCACUUUCCCCAGUUUCCAUGGGAAAAUGGAUGUCACAUCAGGUACAAGGGAGGCCAUUCGUGUGCUCGACGUCUCCGUGCCGAAACUUAACGAAGUAUCGCAACGUCUACUGGUGGGCCGGCAGACCAUUUUCCAGGCCGCAUUUGCCUCCAUUCUUUCCUCGUAUCUUGGAUCCUAUGAUGUUGUGUUUGGUACUGUUUUCUCGGGUCGCACCUUGCCAGUCAAGGGUAUCGAGGCAAUCAUUGGGCCAUGUAUUCGUACAUUGCCAACACGCAUGCACCUCAACAAGAUGCAAAAUGUAUCCGACCUUCUUCUCGCAAUUCAGAAUAUGAACCGCAGAUCUCUUGAGCAUGGCAGUCUUCCUCUACAAGAAAUCAAAAAAGCUUCCGGGGUUGACUUCCAUCAGAACCUCUUUGAUACUGCCCUGGUGUGGCAAGAAAAUGUUUGGACAAAUGACAUGCAAUGUGAGCUGUUCCAGGAAGUUGACACAGCAGAGUUCCUGGAGUUUGUACUCUUAUUAGAGUUUGAGCCUAGGGGCGACAAAAUCCAUGCCAAGGCAACUUACCAAAAUUCUAUCUUCCCGCCUGAACAGGCACAAAUUCUUCUGGAACAGAUUGACCUGGUGGUAUCAAUCCUCAUCGAUUCUCCUGCGCUUCCAAUUAAUGAAGUGGUUGGCUAUCUUCCCCCGUCAAGCUUGUCAAUUUGCAACCCAAAUCCCGUGACCCAGAGAAAUCGCUCAAGCCUGGUCACUGGGGUUGAGACGAUUGCCAUCAUUGAACCUUCUCGAACGGCAAUUGAGACUUUGCUUUCGACAGAUGAAGAUUUCAGGUCGCCAAAAAUCCAAAGCAUCACAUUUGGCCAAUUGAACUCUCGAGCUAAUAAGCUUGCACAUUACCUAGUCCAGCAGGGGCUCACAAGGGACAACUUGGCUGCAAUUUACCUCGACGAAUCAAUUGAUUUCUAUGUUUCCAUGCUAGCAGUCGCUAAGAUUGGAGCUGGAUUGUUGCCUCUUAUCGAUCAAACGUCUUCACAGACAAUAGAAUCAAUUCGGGCAACUUCGAACGUGCAGCCAUGGAUCAUUCGAUCAUCUACACCCCCCAAUGAUGUAUCAUUCUCGUUGCAUUCGUUUCCCCAGAUCUUUCUCCCUACCUCUUUGAGCGAAUACUCAGAAGAUAAUCUUCUUACGACUCACGACUCAUUCUAUAUUGUUUGUGCUGGCGAACGGCCCACGGAUAACGACUUGACAAACCUUGCGUAUCUUUCUCACAAUAACCUGCAAAGCCAUAUCAAUGUGCUGGCGGAGAAUUACCCCACCACAAUUGGAUCAAAACUCCUUCAAGCUUCUUCACAGCUCAGUGCCUUGAUCACUGGACCAUUCUUUGCAUGGCACAUGGGAAUUACCUUGUGUGUAGCAUCAAGCGAAGACCUAUCAAGAAUGCCCUGCUCUAUCAUUAAGAAGAUGAAUAUCACCCAUCUUCAUUUGACUCCUGCAUUGGCCCGUCGCUUAGCUCCCAAGGAUGUUCCAAGUGUUCGAUUCUUGCUUACAACGGGGGAAUCAUUGACAGCUAAGGUGCGCCGGGACUGGGCUAGCAAUGGACUCCACCACGGCUACGAUUCUCUCGGCUUGGCUGGUGUCUGCACCUUAUAUCGCGACUUCCAAAGCUCAACUUCUCUUGCAAACAUCGGCACACCAUUAAGUAACACAUCUGUGAUUAUUGUGUCCGACAAACCCUCGGGAACGAUGGUUCCACGUGGUGCGGUUGGAGAAUUAUGCUUUGGAGGAGAUCAAGUUGGACGCGUAUUCCCUAAAUUCCACGAAGCGCUCGGUGGAUGUUUCAUUGAGCACCCGCAAUUUGGCCGGUUUUACAGAAGUGGUGAUUAUGGCAGGCUUCUUCCAGAUGGAUCUAUUCUGGCGGUUCCCCAGCAUGACCAGUCUGCUGCCUUUGGAGAAACUGACAAUAUCAUCACCUCCUCAAACUUCGUCGAAGAUGCCGUGAGCAUGAUUUUGAACAACCCUCUCACUAAUCAGCAGCAAUUGGUAACUGUCUGGGUUCCUUCGGAGUGUCCCAAAGAUCUAUCUAACUCUGAGAAACUUGCUCUGAUAACUAAGGAUCUUUUCGAGGAACUGAACAAAAAGCUCCCAGCGUCUGCAGUUCCUUCUCUUCUUGUUCCAAUGGACAAAUUGCCUAUGACAAGGCAGUACGAGUUUGAUCAUACAAGGAUUCGGAAACAUAUUGAAGAGAUGGGCCUAGAAAGACUUGCGACGUUCUCCCGCAGUGGUGUUGAUGACUCGGAUGCUGAUUUUACUGAUAUUGAGAAGACCAUUGCAGUAGCCCUUUCAGCAGUGAUUGAAAUUGACCUGCAGAAUGUUGGCAGGAACACAUCCUUUUAUAAGCUGGGAUUGGAUUCCCUAACGGCCAUUUCCUUCUCGCGAAAAUUACAGGAUUCAGGAUGUGGAAGACUUGCAGUUUCUACAAUUCUGCGGCAUAGCUCUGUUGCUCAGCUGGCCACUGUUAUUCCUGGGGUGAUCAAUAGCCACAAGCCUACGCAGCCCAGCCUGCAAAGCGGUUCCACAUUCACAUUUGAUGAGAGUUUCAUUGCUAAAAUCAAAAAUGAUGUCCAGCAUGAAAACACUUCUAUCCAACGCGUUUACCCAUGCACGCCACUACAAGAGGCGAUGCUAGCAGCCGAGUCUGAUACAAACCCGGCGUACUUCAAUCAUAUCCUGCUUCGUGUGAACACGGAUAUCGGUGCCUUGAAAAGCGCAUGGGAUCAGAUGUUGCAUCGGCACGACAUUCUUAGAACUUGCUUCAGGCCGACCAAUGACAAGCAAUUCGCAUUUGCACAAAUCGUCCUAGAAAAUGCAGUACUGCCUUGGGUCUUCGUCGAAACUUCUUCACACGGGCUCGCCGAGGACGUUGCGAAAAGAAAAUUGGAGUUUGAGCGCCAGUCAUUAGUCGAUGGCAAGCUUCCCUACUCAUUAACUAUUCUCACGGAGGUUCCCGCACAAAACGCCUAUCUUCUGUUGUCAAUCCAUCACGCCUUGUAUGAUGGAGAAGGGAUAGCGACUUUAUUACAGGAGCUUCAGCUUGCGAUUACGGGUCAGACACUGCCAAAGACUACGCCCUUUCACAGAUUCAUUGAUUAUAUGGCUUCCACUAGCUCUGAUGGAUCUGACGAAUUUUGGGAUCGCUAUCUAGCUGGGGUGACACCGACCCUGUUACCCAUACCCAAAGGAAACAGGGCCUCGAUAGAUUCAUCUGCUUCAGAGCAAGUCCAUAUGAAUCUCAGCAUCUCUCUCGCCUCCGUCAAACAACAGUGCAAAGAACUUUCUGUGACACUUUUGAAUGUUUUCCAUGCCGCUUGGGCAAGACUACUAGCUUUGCAUUCCAACUCUUCGGAUGUCUGCUUUGGCAAUGUAUUUGGAUGUCGAACUAUUCCCCUGGAUGGUGUGGAUAGCAUAGUUGGGCCUUGCUUUAAUACACUUCCCAUGCGAGUCAAGCUAUCUCCAACUUCAACAAAUGCGGAUAUCAUGAAGCUAUCCCAGAAACACAACAGUGAUAUCUUACCUCACCAGCUUACCUCUUUGCGUCGCAUCCAAAGGCGUGCCUUGCAUGGGGGCUCCCAACUCUUUGACACUUUGGUCAUUCUUCAGCAGAGCAAAAAUGACUUAGACACGCGUUAUUGGGAACUUCUUCAAGAUGAAGGAAACAUGGGAUUCCCACUUAUCUGUGAAAUCAUUCCCGAUGAGAAACAGGACGAAAUCUCGAUAUGUCUCCAUUUCCAUACGUCUCUCUUAACGCAAAAGGUGGCGGAAAGCCUCGCACAAAGUUUUUUGGCUCUCGUUGAGCACACGAUGCGAUACCCAUCGGCACAGGCUUCCGAAAGGGGGUCAGCCGGCAUUACCCAAAUAUUCGAGACGAGACAGGUUCAACAAGACGUUUCCACUCAACAAUCUCUGGAUAAGCUACAGGCAACUCGCUCGUGGUCUGAUCAGGAAAAGACACUCCGAGACAUUGUCUCCGAUUUUGCAGGUAUUAAUAAGGAGGCUGUUUCGCUGCAUACCACCAUCUUCCAACUAGGGCUCGACAGCAUUCAUGCGGUUCAAAUUUCGGGAAGACUUCGCAAGUUGGGAUACAAAAUCUCAGCAGGUGACAUUCUCGAGGCAGCUUCAAUCGAUAAGAUUGCAACUCUUUUCGAAACUGGCGAGAAAGAAGUUCAGAAAAAAGAGUUCGACUUCGGAGCUUUUGAAAACCAACAUCUUCAAUCCGUUUGCGAGCAAUUUGGCAUAUUCUCCCACACCGUGCAGGCUUUGCGACCUUGCACGCCUGUUCAAAAUGGCAUGUUGGCCCUUUUCACCCAUUCGCAUGGCAGAACAUACUUCAAUCGCAUGUCCUUGAAUUUUCCGAAAUUGUUGAACACUGCAUUGCUGAAGGACGCUUGGACCAAGGUUAUGGCACAGCACGAGAUGCUCCGAACUGGUUUCGUUCAACUGCGUGAUCCGCAAUAUCCAUUCGCCAUGGUCACCUACAAAGAAGGCAUCGAACUCCCAUGGAAUGAGUCAGCAAAACUUACUACAGAUAAGGCCGAUAAUCAAGAGCAGCAGACUCUCGACAAGCUUCACCGGCCCCCAUGGCAGAUCACCAUUGAGUCCGCUGAAGAAGUGACCACCAUGUAUUUCUCUGCGCUUCAUGCUCUUUAUGAUGCACAAUCUCUCGAAUCAAUCUUUUCCGACGUGAUGAUGGCAUAUGAAGGGAAAAAACUAGCCGAGGCUUCUCCAAUCGAGAGCACCCUUGGUCCCAUUUUAAUCGAGAGCCAAGCCCAAACUCAAUCUGCGCAAAAGUUCUGGCAGGAAUUGGCUACAGAGAUGCAUCCAUUCAAAUUCCCGGACUUGAAUCCUAAGCGCAUGGGAAAACAAGAGCUUCUAAGCAGCUCUAUUCGCUCCUCACGGACGAUCGAGACUCUCGAGGCUCGCUGCCGUGAUAUUGGUGUCACAUUGCAGGCAGCUGGGCAAGCAGCAUGGGCCCGGCUUCUCGCUGCGUACACAGGUGAAAAGAGUAUCACUUUCGGUACAGUCCUUUCUGGCCGCAAUUUGUCGACAGAAGCACAGAAUGCAGUUUUCCCAUGCUUGGUGACCGUUCCAUCGUCUCAGCGCAUCGAAGGGAGCAAUCAGGAUCUGCUGAGUCACAUCUUGAAGAGAAAUGCGUCCUUGACCAAGAAUCAAUUUACGCCACUUGCACAAGUUCAGCGCUGGCUUCAAAGUGAUGAACCUCUAUUUGACACACUUUUUGCCUACCAGAAGUUCAGUUCGCAUUCAAAUGUCUCCAAAUCCUGGAAUGUCAUUGACGAGGAGACAAGAAUCGAUUACCCCAUCUCUAUUGAACUGUUACCACUUUCAGCCGACCUUGAGAUCCGAAUCAGCUACAGAACCGACAUCGUUCCCCCGGGUCAGGCCGUGCUUCUUUUGAAGCAGUAUGACAAGCUAUUGGAGCAGACUCUUUUCUCUCCAGAGUUCAACUCGGACGAUUAUAUGUUCCUCGAGAGCGAGUUCCUCUCCAUAACUCCUGCCAAAGAGAAAAUCUUGCCCACGUCGGUUUCUCUGUUGCAUCAUUUUGUUGAGGACAACGCCGCCAAGGUCCCGGGGAAAAUUGCAUUCGAGUUUGCAUCCGGUGUUGAUUUGGACAAUCUUCAAUUGAAGACUUGGUCCUAUCAGCAAUUGAAUGAAGACGGUAACCGGAUUGCCCAUUUUCUUCAGAGCAAGGGUGUUAAUCCAGGUAAAAUGGUUGCGAUUUGCUUCGAUAAAUGCCCGGAGGCAUCCAUCGCUAUACUAGGCAUUCUCAAAGCUGGCUGUGCAUACUUGGCCAUCGAUCCCUCCGCCCCUAUUUCUCGCAAGCAGUUCAUCUUGGAAGAUUCGAAUUCCAAAAUUCUGCUUUGCAGUCUAUCGAAAAAGCUGGAGCUACAGAACCUAUCUGGUGUGGAAAUUCAUGCAUUAGAUGAGCCUGGUGUAUACCAAGGUUUCCACAGCGGUCCCCCUGUGCUUUCAAGCGAAAUACGGUCAAAUGACACAUGUUAUUGCCUUUACACCUCAGGGACAACCGGCACGCCAAAGGGCUGUGAGAUCACUCAUGAUAAUGCCGUACAGGCCAUGCUAGCGUUUCAAAGGCUGUUUUCACCGCACUGGGAUGAAGACUCUCGCUGGCUACAAUUUGCUUCUUUCCAUUUUGACGUUAGUGUUCUUGAACAGUACUGGAGCUGGAGUGUCGGAAUUUGUGUCACCUCUUGCCCACGUGAUCUUCUCUUCGAGGAUUUGCCAGGGACAAUUCAAAAGCUCCAAAUCACACACAUUGAUCUGACGCCCAGUUUGGCAAGAUUGGUGCACCCUGAUGAAGUUCCUUCCCUCUGUCGAGGAGUAUUUAUCACUGGCGGAGAAGCCCUGAAGCAAGAGAUCCUCGACGCCUGGGGCCACCAUGGCGUUAUUUACAAUGGAUACGGUCCAACCGAAGUCACCAUCGGAUGUACCAUGCUUCCCCGAAUGCAGGCUAAUGAUAAGCCCUCAAACAUUGGUCCCCAAUUUGACAAUGUUGGGUCCUAUGUUUUCCGUCCAGGAACAUCGACACCCGUUUUGCGCGGUGGUAUUGGCGAGCUUUGCGUGUCUGGUCCACUUGUUGGAAAGGGGUACUUAAACAGAGCUGAGCUGACGAAGGAGCGAUUCCAGGACUUGCAUGAGCACCAAGAUCGCAUCUACCGAACAGGCGAUUUGGUCAGGAUUCUGUGUGAUGGCAGUUUCCAAUUUCUUGGUCGAAUUGAUGAUCAAGUCAAGCUGCGCGGACAACGACUCGAGAUUGGGGAGAUCAACGAAGUCAUGAAACAAGCAACGCCCGAAUUGAAUGAAAUCGCUACCCUAGUUGUCAAGCAUCCCAAGCAGUCCAAAGACCAGCUCGUCUCUUUCGUCACCAAGGUAGGCGCCGGUAAGAAUACUCGUUCAGUGGAAAUUCACACCUCCGAUGGCAUUGGAUCUUUCCUGUCAACCAUCAAGGCGGCCUGUCAUACACACCUCCCUGGAUAUAUGGUGCCAACCCAUAUUGUUCCACUGACUCGUUUCCCUCUAUCUGCUAAUAACAAGGUCGAUAUGAAAGUCUUAAAGAGCCUUUACCAAGAGCUUUCUUUGGAUGAUAUUCAAAAAUUGACUGCGAUGGUUGUCAAUCAAGCACCAAAAAGUGCAUGUGAAGAGGAUAUAAUUGCUGUGCUAUCAGACUUCAUUGGAUCUACAGACUUGGUCAUCUCGUCGUGGUCAAGCAUUUACGAGUUGGGGCUUGAUUCCAUCUCAGUGAUCUCCUUUUCUAGGAAUCUCAGAGAGGCCGGCUUCCCCAAUGCUCAGCCAUCAUUGAUAAUGCAGUAUCCCACAAUCGCUGCUAUGGCCUCGGCUCUACAGGAAUCUACCGGCGAAUCUCCUUCAAUGAACAAUCUUCACCGAAAUGCAAAGCAAUCCAUUCAAGCCUUUGCUCAUAAGCAUUCCCAUUCCAUAAUGGCAAAAAUUGGCGUGACCGAAAACGAUGUCGAACAGAUUGCACCUUGCACACCGCUUCAGGAAGGAAUAAUUUAUCAUUUCCUGUCGAAUGCAACACCCAUGUAUUGCUCUUCUUUCAGCUUCGAAUUACACUCUUCUAUCGAUUUGGAUAGACUGAAGGUAAGUUGGCAGCAGGCGCAAAGUCAAGUACAAAUGUUGCGAGCUCGAUUUUUACCCUCCUCGGAUGGUUAUGCUCAAGUCAUUCUCAAAAGAGAUGCGAUUCCUUGGUUCCACACGAAGGUCGCCUUUGACGGUACAUUUGAGGAUGCCCGGAUGCAGCAAGUUCAUCGAUGGUCUUCUAAUCUUGACGGUCUUCCUACAAGACUUUGGGAGGUGGGAGUAUUUACCUCUCCGGCAAAGUCGAUCAUGUGCCUCAAUAUGUUCCAUGCUUUGUAUGAUGGAAUCAGUUUGGGUCUUCUUCUUGACCUUGUCGCUGAUAUCUACCACGGUCAUUCGAGAGCCUUUGAUAAAUCCCCAGAGUUCCUUGACGUGUUGCAUCUUGGACCUCUUUGCAAAGAUCCUGCAGCAGAAUCUUUCUGGAAAGAGCAUUUUGCAACCUGUCAGACCCGCCCUCUAUCGAGCUCGAAAGAAGGCCAAGAAACCUCUUUCGUGGAAACGCUCCGGGUUGAUACCACAAAUCAUCUGGACCUUUUAAGAAAGUCUCUCAACACCACCGAUCAAGCCAUUCUUCAUGCCUGCUGGUUAUUGACGCUCCACCGGCAGUUUGCCUUUGUUCCGCCACUUGGUAUUGUUGCCUCGGGUCGCACAAUUGACAUUCCUGGGAUUGAAAGUGUCAUUGGUCCUUUAUUCAACACAAUUCCAAGCAAUGUACAGCUCCGUGGGCUCAAGUCCUGGGCAGAGGCGGCUCAGCGGUGUCACGAAUACCACGUUUCUACGAUGACAUUCCAAUCCACCGCCCUUCGUGACAUAGUGAAAUGGCUCGGAAGAAUUCCCGAUGAGCCACUCUUUGACUCACUCUUUGUUUUCCAGCGAGAGAAUUCUGAAGAAGAGUCAUCCGCGAGCAGUCUAUGGACUCCGAUCGACUCGGAGGCCGAGCAUGAGUAUCCGUUGGCAUUUGAGAUCGUGCGCCAUGGCAACAAAUAUCUCACCUUGACUCUUGCUGCAAAGGAUCAUGCUGUGUCUUUGGAGACGGCUCAAGAACUGCUCGUGAACUUUGAGCAAAUCUUGUCCGAAUUUGCACAAAACCCUAACAAUGAAAUACCCUAUCUCAAUGGAGUUGCGGAAACCUCCGAAACAACUCGGAACGACGGAGAAUCACAGGUUCAAGAAACCUCUGAUCAUCAUGACAGUGAAGUCUCAUUUCAGUGGACUCCAGAAGCUUGCAAAAUUCGGGAUGUCAUUGCGAGUCUUUCCGGGGUCGAUGCAUCUUCAAUCCGAGGAGUAACAUCUAUUUUCGAAGUAGGCUUGGACAGUAUUGAUGCCAUAAAGCUGUCAUCUAGGUUGAAUAAGGUGGGAAUCAAGCUUCCUGUGAGCACCAUUAUGCGCGGCCGCACAGUCAAAGCUUUGGUCAGUCAGCUGGCUGUCUCAACCCAUGAGGAGCAAACUGGCACAUACCCAUUGUUGAAUCAGAUUGAACGAUCUCUGACAAAAUUCCUCAAAAAGGAAAGUCUUUUGCCUCAACAUGCUUGUCGAGUUCUCCCAGCUACUCCAAUUCAAGAAGCUAUGGUCGCAGAAAUGGCUGCAUCGGGAUAUCAGCAUUACUACAAUCAUGAAGUUCUCAAGCUAGAGCCGCAGGUCGAUCACACAAAACUACAGCAGGCGUGGGCAACUGUUGUCAAAACUCACCCUAUUCUACGCACGUCCUUCGUUGAGGUCUGGGAUCCCGAGAUACCCACUUCUUAUGCUCAGAUUGUUCAUAGUGAGGAUACUUUUGAUUUCCAAACUACGGUUCUGCAUGGAUCAACAGUGGAGUCUAUUAUUGGAUUACAGCGCAAGAGAGCCUCUACUGAACUCGCAAAUUCCCCGCUUCUGACAGUCACACUCACCAUCGAUGGAGAUGACCAUUACCUCAUUCUGUCUAUUGCACAUGCUCUCUAUGAUGGCUGGUCAAUCAACCUGCUACAUGAGGAUGUGGCAAGAUCCUACCUUGGAGAGGAUUGCGCUCGUCCAGCUGCCGACUCGAUCCUUGAACAAGUCCUUGCAUCCUCUGGAGAACAGGCUCUCAAAUUCUGGAGAGCAGCCCUAUCCAACUGUAUGCCAGUCACCUUCCCAGAGGGCAAACAUUCGGAGAUUGGUUCAACUGUGGUUCACCGUGCAGAGAAGCCCCUAUCUGUAUCAUCCGAGAAGGCCGACGCCUUUUGCAGGCGCAAUGGCAUUACCAUGCAAGCGCUUUUGGUAAGCUGCUGGUCUCUUGUUCUAGCUACGCAUGUCAAGAGGCUGGAUGUUGUCUUUGGGCUUGUUUUCUCUGGUCGUAACGUCGCAGAAUCCGAGUGUGUGAUGUUCCCAACCAUGAAUACUGUGGCCAUGCGCGUCAUUCUGCAUGGUUCUCGUCUGGAUCUGGUGAAGUAUGUUCAAGAGACAUUGUUGGAAAUCUCCGAGUAUCAACAUUUCCCGUUGCGACGAGCUAGACCUGACACCAAGUCAUGUCAACUAUUCGAUACGCUUUUCAUCUACCAGAAGAGACCGUCCGAAGGCGAACACGCCGGGCAAACUCUUUACAGGUCCACUGGGGUUGGUGCAUCGGAUGUUGAGUAUCCGGUCUGCGCCGAGGUUGAGAGUGUUGGAGAGAGCCUGGUGGGUCGAGUGGCUUGCCGCGGUAGUGUGCUUGGAGAACAAGAUACCCUGGACUUGCUAGGACAUAUGGCACAUGUCUUAUUAUCAAUUGUGGAUGAGCCAGCUCAACAGACCGUUGAUUUCAGUGGAGGGGCGAUGAACAUUUGUGGUUACCUGGUCUCCCAGGAACCCUCUGUUCACGAAGGUGAAUCUGGAACCCUGCAUCGAGAGUCUGGCCCACGGGAGUGGUCACUAGUCGGGUCAAAGAUUCGCAAUGUCCUUUCCAUUGUCUCUGGAGUACCCGAGGACGCAGUUGAUCCGAAAGCCAAUAUCUUCCAGCUUGGCUUGGAUAGUAUCAGUGCCAUCAAGGUCGUUGCCCUUCUGAAGAAGCAAUCCGUGAAUUUGACUGUCAGCGAUAUGCUCAAAGCAGGAACGAUUGAGAAGAUAGCGGCAGCAGUCAACACCAAUCACUCAGAUCUCACUCCAGCGCAGAUUGCUAAAGCACUUGAUGAGUCGCUUGGGGAUAUUCAAACUACAACACUGCUCCAGUCCUACGGUAUUGAUCUGGAUCACGUUCAACAAACAAUUCCUGCUACCGCUGGACAGAUUUAUUUCCUGGCAAUGCAUUCUUUGAACCCCAGUGCGUUCUAUCCCGAAUUCUUCUACUUGUCAUCAAGGCAACUGGGUCCGGAGAUUGUCGAAAACGCCUGGUCUCGUCUUAUAGAGCAAACUCAGAUUCUCCGAACAGCAUUCGUUCCGACCAGCGAUCCACGGGUGCCGUAUGUCCAAGUUGUAUUCAAAUCGACACAAAUCCCUGUGAACUGGCAUGAUGCUCUUGACGAUCAGCUUGCCGCUGCAAGUACUAAUCGGGAGUUUGGUUCGGUGCCGGUCGCACUUCAUGCUUGUCAAACCAGUAAAGGCACGGCAUUUACCCUGAAGAUUCAUCACGCUCUCUACGAUGCAAUCAGUCUGCCAUGCAUGAUGGAUGAUUUUGCCCAGCUCUGCGACAACAUGCAGACCCACUUGAAAUCCGAGUCUCACGACAUUUCCCAUCUCGUGGCCGUUCAGCACGUUCAUUCGCCUGUUGGUGUUCGGCGCCUAUUCUGGGAAAAUUACCUGGACCAAAUCGCAAUCCGAGGGACUGAACAUCAACGAUUGGGUGAUUUUGGCGCUAUUCAGCAGCACUACCGACCGGGACUCGUUUCGAACAUGUCUCUGAUUGAGAAGGCCGCGAAACUUCGGGGCCUUGGUAUUCAAUCAAUCUUCCUGGCAAUUUAUGCUCGAUUGCAUGCCCAGACUUUUGGUAAUUCCGAUGAUCUUGUGGUUGGAUUGUAUCUCGCCAAUCGAUCAUUCGUCGCGGAGGGCCUGUCUGAACUUGUCGCUCCUACAAUCAAUAUCGUUCCACUGCGCCUAGACAACAAAAUUCACAGUGGUGACAACUCAAUUUUCUCUGCGGCCGGGAAAAUCCAGGAUGAUAUCAGCCUGAUCAGUAUGAUUGAGCAUUCUUGCGUGUCUCUGGUUGAGAUUGCUGAAUGGACCGGGGUCCGCAUCAACACUUGUAUCAAUUUCCUGCGUCUGCCUGAGGUUAAAGACUCGACCGACACUAGCGCCAACCAGGUCAUCUUCAAGUCCGUCUCAUACGAAGAGAUUGGCAAUUCCGAUGGGGCCAAGCUUAAUAACGCCACACCGUCUCUGACCAACGGUAACACUGCAGCGCCCGCUUUCACGCAAGUGAUGCGGGCAGCUACUUCAACGGCGGCUAUGAGAGAUGUAUUCUGGCCUACGAUCGACGUGGAAGCAGCCAUCCGAGAAGACCAAUUGGACUUUGGACUCUUCGCCCCAGAUUCUCGACUGGACCAUACUACCGCAAACCAGAUGAUUGAGAAAAUGCAGCAGGGCAUGAAUGCCCUAGUUGAGGGCGCUCAAUGA